AUGAUUAAUUUGGACCAUUUUGGCGGAAGGACGCAGAACUGUUCUGAUCGUUCUGAUCUCAUCAUCAAGACCCCACCAGACCCGAUUAAAAAUUACGGUCUCCGACAUUUUAACCCCCUCUCCUCUUCUCCCGACAACAACCUUCAAGCUGUUUUCCUCCACGCUCCGCCGUUUUCCUUCCGCCCUCCGGUCUCUUGGGUUCACUGCCGCCGCGGCCUCAACUACUCUCCACCAACAAUCUCCCCCUCCGGCCUCCGUCCUCAAGCAGCCGUUAUCGACGCCCGCGCGCGUCAAUUCUCUCAAUCCCGCCAGAAUGGUGCACUCCAAAGUAUUAUCGGUUCGGGCCCUGGCGCCCAUACUGCCGCUAUUUAUCUUUCGCGCGCUGAACUUGAGCCCGUCCUGUACGAGGGUAUGCUCGCUAAUGGCACCGCCGCCGGUGGCCAGCUCACCACCACUACUGAUGUCGAGAACUUCCCCGGCUUUCCCGACGGUGUCGGCGGUGCCGAGCUGAUGGACAAGAUGCGCGCUCAGUCCGAGCGCUUCGGUACCAAGAUCAUCACCGAGACCAUCUCCAAGUUGGAUCUGUCACAGCGGCCCUUCAAGAUGUGGACCGAGUGGAACGAUGGUCCCGACAACGAGCCUGCUCAUACCGCAGACGCCGUUAUCAUCGCUACCGGUGCCAAUGCCCGUCGCCUGAACCUGCCCGGCGAGGAGAAGUUCUGGCAAAACGGUAUCAGUGCCUGCGCUGUCUGCGACGGUGCUGUGCCCAUCUUCCGCAACAAGCCCCUGUACGUCAUUGGUGGUGGUGACUCUGCCGCCGAGGAGGCCAUGUUCCUGGCCAAGUACGGUAGCCACGUCACCGUGCUGGUCCGCCGUGACAAGCUGCGUGCCUCCAAGGUUAUGGCUGAUCGUCUGCUCAACCACCCCAAGUGCACUGUUCGCUUCAACACUGUCGCCACCGAGGUCAUUGGUGACAGCAAGCCUAACGGCCUGAUGACCCACCUCCGCGUGAAGAGCACCACCAACGACCAGGAGGAGAUCGUUGAGGCUAACGGUCUCUUCUACGCUGUUGGCCACGACCCUGCCAACGCCCUGGUCAAGGGCCAGCUCAAGCUCGAUGAGGAUGGCUACAUUGUUACCCAGCCCGGCACCAGCUUCACCAGUGUCGAGGGUGUCUUCGCUUGCGGUGACGUCCAGGACAAGCGCUACCGCCAGGCUAUCACCAGUGCUGGCUCCGGCUGUGUCGCUGCCCUCGAGGCCGAGAAGUUCCUCUCCGAGGUCGAGCCCUCCACCCAGAAGGUCAACGGUGCCAAGGCCGCCCCCGUCCUCUAA